UCUUUCUUCUCUCUCCUCACAGCAAAGAGUUAAAUUCUUUCUCCCAAUACUGUGUUUCUGGCAAGUUGGUAACAAAUAAAUUUCAUGUCCUAGUAAAUUAGUAAUCAAUUCAAUAAAUGUUAGUGUGCUUAUAAUCUUGGGUGUGGGUUUUUGGUUUAAAGUCAUGAUCUUGGACUUAGAAUUCAGGGUUUCCGGGAAAAGGAGCUUACUUAAGUUAGAUUGCUCAUUAAAUGCUCAUCGGGGUUGGAUUUGUUGACUUUUUAAAACUGUUUUCCGUUGACUCGCCGUGAAUACACUGAUUUUGGCGUCGUUUUGAUGUAAAGUUGGGCUCAGAUGAUAACCCACAUGCUCUUUUAUGAUCAUUUCGAUACUGUAAUAUUUUACGUCAAUUUUCUUUAUCAGUAAUUUUUAUGUGAAUGCUAAUGUGCCGCUUCCAUUAUUGUUUUGAACUGGGUUUUUGCUUUGUUUUCGUGCCUGCAUAUGUUCGCAAAGCAGGUUCUUUGGGGCGAUGAUUUUUCGAUGUAUAAGCACAGAAGCUGUAGAAAGUAGCUUAGUUGUCUGCGGUCAAGCACACACACGAUGAACUAGUGCUAUAAUGGUGAAAUCUUUUUAUGGUUUUUUCGAUGUAUAUGCACACAAGCUGUAGAAAGUAGCUAUAAGUUGUCUAAAGUCAAGCACACACACGAUGAACUAGUGCUAUAAUGGUGAAAUCUUUUUCUGCACCAGCUUUAUGAAUGCAUUUUGAAAUGGCUUUUAGGUACAUCUUAUUAGAUUGUAGUAAAUUUAGCGUAAUUGUAUACUGGUUUUUAAAUUCGUUUUAUUCGAAUCUUUGAAGUUCCUUGUGAUGGCGAGGACAAAGCUUAUCUUAAUCUGCCAGUCUGGUGGUGAAUUCGUCAUAAAGGAUGAUGGAUCCAUGUCAUAUACGGGUGGAGAGGCACAUGCAGUAGAUAUCAAUCUUGAAACCGUAUUUGAUGAUCUCAAGUUUAAAUUGGCUGAAAUGUUGAAUUUAGAAUAUAAAUCCAUAUCCAUGAAGUAUUUUCUUCCAGGAAAUACGCGAACUCUUAUCACUUUAUCCAAUGAUAAGGACCUAAAAAGGAUGUAUGAGUUCCAUGGGAAAUCAGUAACUGCUGAUGUUUUUGUCAUGGGGAAAGCAGGUUUUGACAGUGAAGCCUUAAGCACACAAAGAAGGGCAUGUGGGAUAAAACUGGCUGAAUCUGUGACCCCUGUUGCUGCCUCCACUACUUCAGCUGCCGCUUUACACUCUAGUCCUCUUACAGUACCAACUGAUGUUAAAUCUGCAGUGGGUUCUGCAGCUGCCAAUGCCAUCCCAGUUGUCCCUGCCCCUCUUCCUCUAUCAAAACAAACGUGCUCUGUCAUGUCUGUCGAAGAAAGAACCCAAAGCCCAAGUGGAGUGGAUGCUCCUAGUUCCAUUCCAUCUGAUCCUGUUACUGUUACUGCUGAUGCAAUUGUCCACAGCUCGAAUGAAUUUGAUAUUAACGCUACCCCUGCUGAUACUGUUAAGAAGCGAAGACGCACUGCUGCUUGGAAAAUUGGUGCUGAUGGUCCUACCAUUGUUGCUGGCACUGACCAUGUUGGGGAGAAAAGAAAAGUUAUGCCCAGGAAGAAGAAUAUUGUUAGCCACAACACUACUGCAGAAACUGAUGAUGUGGGUCGGAAACAAGAUACCCUUCCCUGUAAAGAUAGUAGUACUAGCAGUGACCCUAUACAGGAUACUCUAGGGCAAUCAAAUGAUGUUCCACCUGAAAAACUAGUCACAUUAUGGAAAGAUGGUAUCACUGGGGUUGGACAGGAAUUCAAAAGUGUUAAAGAAUUUCGUGAUGCACUGCAAAAAUAUGGCAUUGCUCAUCGUUUUAUGUAUAGGUUAAAAAAGAAUGAUACUAACCGUGCAAGUGGCAGAUGUAUAGCUGAAGGCUGUUCCUGGAGAAUUCACGCAUCAUGGGACUCAUCUGUUCAAAGGUUUAGGAUAAAGAAUAUGAACAAAAUACAUACAUGUGGAAGGGAGUUCUGGAAAUCUUAUCAUCCGACUAAAAGUUGGUUGGUUAGCAUCAUAAAAGACAGAUUACUAGACAGCCCACAUCUCAAGCCAAAAGAACUUGCCAAUGGCAUUCUUCAGGAUUUUGGGAUUGCGGUGAACUAUACUCAAGUAUGGCGUGGAAUUGAAGAUGCUAGGGAGCUACUUCUGGGUUCAUAUAGAGAGGCAUAUAACCAGUUACCUUGGUUUUGUGAGAAGAUGGCAGAGGCAAAUCCUGGUAGUAAUAUUAUGCUUUUCACUGUGAUGAUAGGAGAUUUCAACGUCUCUUUGUUUGCUUUCAUGCUUUAAUAUAUGGUUUUCAGAAUGGUUGUCGCCCCAUUAUUUUCCUUGAUGCUACAUCUUUAAAAUCAAAAUACCAUGAGACUUUUUUUGCUGCUACAGCUUUGGAUGGAGAUGACGGUGUUUUCCCAGUUGCAUUUGCUAUAGUCGACGUUGAGAAUGAUGAUAAUUGGCGUUGGUUUUUGGAGCAGUUAAGGUCAGUGGUUUCAACCUCACAAUCCUUAACUUUUGUCUCUGAUAGAGAGAAGGGACUUAAGAAAUCAGUGAUUGAGGUAUUUGAGAAUGCCCACCAUGGCUACUCAUUGCACCGCCUUCUUGAAAGCUUUAAGAAAAACUUGAAGGGUCCAUUCCAUGGAGAUGGGAAGGGUUUGUUGCCAAUCAAUUUUGUGGCUGCAGCCCAUGCAGUCCGACUUGAUGGUUUUAAAACAAGUACUGAUCAAAUUAGACGGGUUUCUUCACAGGCUUAUGACUGGGUCCUGCAAAUUGAACCAGAAUGUUGGACAAAUGCAUUAUUUAAAGGUGAACACUAUAACCAUGUGACAUCCGACGUUGCAGAGACAUACAUCAAGUGGAUAGAGGAAGUACGGGAGUUACCCAUAGCACAGAAGAUCGAAGUGCUAAGUUGUAAGCUGAUGGAGUUGAUAAACACUCGUCGAACAGAUUCAAGUACAUGGCCUACAAAGCUCACUCCAUCCAAGGAGGAAAAGUUGCGACAAGAAACUCUUCAAGCAUAUGGUCUUAAAGUCUUAUUUUCAUCUGAUACUCUUUUUGAGGUUCACAAGGACUCCAUCAAUGUUGUGGAUAUUGAUAAAUGGGACUGUAGUUGUCUGAAAUGGAAAGCAACCGGCCUACCCUGCUGUCAUGCUAUUGCCGUCUUUAACUGCACUGGUAGGAAUGUAUAUGAUUAUUGUUCAAGAUACUUUAAAGCCAACAACUUUCAGUUGACGUAUUCUGAAUCUAUAAACCCAUCGGCCCCUUUCCAGCCCUUGGAUAGUGACACAAUUGACUUAGAGACUCUGCAUGUACUUCCUCCAUUCAUCUCCAAGCCACAAAACCAAGAAAAGAAAAAGCAGACCAGAACAAAGGGUGUGAUCACAAGGACAGUUACUUGCGCUAGGUGCAAGGAAGUUGGGCAUAACAAAGCAACGUGCAAGGCACCCACCACCCCAACCCCAUAGGUCCUCUUGUGUAUGUAUUGCUCUGUGCAUCCUCCAUGUAAUCUUUGAUCAUAAUAACUUGGAUGCUUGUUUAUUAUGAAUGCGUAGAGUGGUGAUCAACAGUUUCCCGAACUCUUUUAGAUUUGUGGUUGAGUUCUUCUGUUCUUCAAUUAGCCUAUAAUUUUAUAUUCAUAUACAGCUUUUGAAACUUUGAAUUGUGAAGUUCGUGAAAUGUAUAGUAGUGAGAAUAAUGUUACAGGACA